GAGAAGCUGGGCAUCAACAUUGAGCUGGUUAACUUGGGCGGUGGCUUCGGUAUCCCCUACCGUCCGGAGGAGAACAUCAUCGAUGUGAAAGCUGUCGGAGCCGGCAUCCAUGAGAUUUACAAGGAGCUGAUCACGAACAAGAACUUGGGUGCUGUCCGGGUGGUCACAGAGUGUGGUCGCUACAUCACAGGGCCCAGCGGCCUGCUCUUCACGCGCGUGGUUCAUCGGAAGAAGAUCUACAAGAACUACGUGGGCGUGGACGCUUGCAUGGCCAACUUGAUGCGGCCUGGCAUGUACAAUGCCUACCACCACAUCACCGUGGUGCGAAACCCGGAUCCGGUUCCAGGUUUGCCGAAGAAGGAUGCAGCGAUGCCGGAUAACAGCAAGGACUUGAUCACGCAAACCGGCGUUUACGACGUGGUUGGCGGGCUUUGCGAGAACAACGACAAGUUCGCCAUCGAUCGACAACUUAACAUCGACCCCCAACCGGGCGAUGUCGCUGUCAUCCACGACGCGGGCGCGCACGGGCACUCUAUGGGCUUCAACUACAACGGGAAGCCGCGCUCCGCAGAGUACCUGUACAGGACAGAUGGAUCCGUUCUCCAAAUUCGUAGAGCCGAGACCCUGGAAGACCUGUUCCGCACUGUGGACUUCAAGGCCGCACAGACCUUGAGCAAGCCUCAGAAUGGCCACAGCCACGAGCCUGCCCAGGGCGGAUUUCUCAGUUCGUGCUUGCCCCUGGCCAAAAUCUGCGGAUGGUCGUGA